AUGUUUGAAGAUAACGAUGUUGGUGAAGAUAUUUCCAUCUGGCUUCAUCAGGCAGCGCAUGGUUACAUGGAUUAUCAGCCAGGCGCAAAAUGUCCACAUCUGUCGCUGGUAUUGAGACGCCUCUCCAAACUACUCUUCUACAAAAUCCGUCCAUUGUUUGUUUUCGAUGGCCCAAAUGUUCCGAUCUUCAAAAGGAAAUUAUUGCGCGAUCGACAAGUGAAGCAAGGUGCUGAAGAACCGCUGGAUGAUUUGAGAACCGCUUUUGCUCCCGCACUGAAGAAAAGGCGAGAUGACGAUGAUCUUUUCGUCGUAUCUCAGCCAUCUACAUCGGGCGCCACUCCCAAACCGAAGGGCGAAAAUGGAAAUGUUGAUGAGCGCGAGCUGUCCUGUUCGUUUGAAUCAUCGCGUUCAUCCGAAUUUGAUCAGGCCGAAUUUGAUAGUAUUGCAACACGUGAUGAACGAGUGGAUUAUCUUUUGGCUGCACGCGAUAAAAUUAGAAGUAGCCUGAAACUGAGAGAGGUAAUUUUCAGUCAUUUCUUGAUUAAUUUGAUAGUUUUUGGCAUGGAUGGCUGUAAAAACAGAAGGGUUUUUAUUGCUUGGGAGUGUCAUAGGAGGAUUCAAGGACUCCUGGGGGAGUGGGGCGACGAGGGGUGGGAAGGGGGAGGGGGAAGGGUGAGGCUAUUGGGGAGGAGGGGGAAGGCGGCGACAGGGGUGGAGAGGAGAAUCUCAUCCCACCCUGGAACUAUGCAAAAACUAAGAAUAGAGUUGUAA